CUGGCGGUUUCAGACUGAGAGAAAAAGGGGGAGUGGGGGAUGGCUGGACUCGCCAAAAAAUACGGUGGUAGGGGGAAAUCUCUUCAAACACAGACAUGCUCCAGAAUCCCCAAAAUGCAGUGGCUUUUAUGUCAAGUGAUGAGCACAACGGGAGAUGAGCGCUUGCGUCACAUGGACCACGUGCCCUCUGACUGAAUGCUUGCAGGACCUUGUUAUCUUUAUUUAGGUCUCUCCCUCGGAGCGCAAGAGUGGCAUGAGGACGGGACCCAAACUCUGAUUGAAUGGGGGGAAUAAACAACACUCCGCCUGGAUUACGGUUGCUCCGGCCUCCAACUGUGAUUGGCCAGUUCCACACUCUGUUCUUUGGCUCCGUGCGCAUGUUCUUUCUUGGGGUCCUGGGCUUUGCUGUUUAUGGCAAUGAGGCUCUACAUUUCAGCUGCGACCCCGAUAGGCGGGAGCUAAACCUCUACUGUUAUAACCAAUUCAGGCCAAUUACACCUCAGGUAUUCUGGGCAUUGCAGCUAGUGACUGUUUUGGUGCCUGGAGCUGUCUUUCACCUGUAUGCAGCCUGUAAAAAUAUUGACCAGGAAGAAAUCCUCCAACGGCCCAAAUACACUGUCUUUUACAUUAUCUCUGUCCUGUUAAGAAUCAUUCUUGAGAUCAUAGCAUUUUGGCUGCAGAGUCAUCUUUUCGGGUUCCAGGUGCACCCACUUUACAUGUGUGACGCUAGCGCCCUGGAGAAAAUGUUCAACGUUACCAAGUGCAUGGUGCCUGAACACUUUGAAAAGACCAUCUUCCUCAGUGCAAUGUACACCUUUACUGUAAUCACAGUGGUGCUGUGCGUAGCUGAGAUUUUUGAGAUACUCUGUAGAAGAUUGGGCUAUUUGACCAGUCAAUGACCUGCAUGUUAUUCACUACAGAGUUAUAGGUCAAAUAAUAAAUGCUCUCUUCCUUGCUUUUCCAUGUCCCUAAUCCAGGUCUCUGCAUGGAAACAAAGACCGCAAACUGCAUACCUCUGCUGUUUAUUUCUACAAAAUUCUACAAUUUUUGUAGAAAUAAUUUUGAAAUUGAAACUUAUUUAAAACUCUGGAGGUUUUACAGGAAAACAAAAAAUUACAUUUGCAGAUAUAUUACCUUUUUUUUUUAAAACUGUGCAGCUUUUAAACUCCAAAAAAUCCCAGAAUAUGUUUAGGAAGCAUGUUGUUGUAUGUGAUAUUAGUUUUUUCAAACGGAAAUUGUGAGUCUUUGUUGAGGGUUCAUUCAGUGAUGCAGACAAUAUGUCAUAUAGUGUGUCCAUUAUUAUAAUCAAAUCAUGAUCAGAUCUUAGUCAAUACCUAUCUGAAAUGCAAGUAAAUUUGUUUAUUCUCUGACGUGUACAAUAAUGUACAAUAGUUUUAAAGAAAUUAGCUAUUGCUGAAGCGAAUAAAAUGCAAAAAAAUAUCUAUUUUAAAAUGAUAAUAACUAUUUGAUUUUCUGAAGAAGUCAUUGAAAAGAGUGGAAGUGGUAGUUUCUUUUAAACAAUUUAGUACUUCCCACCAUCAAAUUUCCCACUCAGUUUAAAAUUCAAAUACACCCAAGUUGAUUUUUUAGUCAUCAGAAAUUAUUUCUGUUGGGAAAUAAGAUGAACCAAAACAGUCAAAUGCAUGGUCAUCCAUGCUGCCAGGUACAUUAGGACUUUUUCAUAUGGUGCUGCUUAAUUUUAUGAUAUGUCUGGGAACCUGGGUUUCAGUUUACUCAAAAAAGUGCUGGUCACAGUGUGCUUGGAUACCUGGAGUUUUGACUGUGUUAUAUUUCCUGGCCCAACUCAUAGACUGUAUUUUAUGCAUGGUGCCUUUGAAUUGAUCCAUGUGUAGUGAUCGGCAUGAAAAUGAUUACUCAUUGAAUUUUGUUUCUUGGUAUAUGUAAGUAAUUAUCAGGCAUCCAUCCAACUUUUGUUAUUAUUUUCAGCUAAAUGUAUCAUCUCAGGUACAAUACGGCAUACUGUGCACUGGUAUUUGUAAUGGUUUGUUUUAAAGUUUGUCCCCUUAGCUUUUGCUACUAAGGCUAAAGUACAUUUUAAUCAGUAGCAUUAAUCUGGGUAUUAUGUUGCAAACCUGAAUCACACUCCCCAAAAGUUUUUGCUGGACCUUUUUUUUUGUGCUUUAGUGAUUGUAUUGUUUUAGGUGAUGUUGUUAGAUCACUAGGUAACUGUCAGGCAAAACCAAAUUCAAAUUAUGUCUGUUAGUCCAGUCUUUGUUACAUUUAUAAUGAUCGCCAGUCUUUGUCAUUGUCCCCAGACUUUACUAAUGUAUAAUAGUAUGCUUAAAACAUGCCUUAAAGGGGAAAACUUUAUGACCACCGGGUACGUUCAGACUGUUUGUUCUGUGUAGUUUUUAAAUACUAAUUCCAGUGUAACUUUCAUGUCUGUUCAUUCAGCUUUUAAGGUAACAUUCAUUUUCUUAUGUCAUUAAA